AUGCAGUUAACAAGCUGGGAGGGCGCCCGCGAAACCAUGCUCUAUCGUGCUAACGUGCAGUACCUCGGUCGAAAAGAUGUUGCUAACGUGCGGAUGAAUGAUAUGACAGACGUCGCGGGAGAGUUAAUAACCAUGAUCGUUUCGAUGACAUCUGACUUUCUCUUUUAG